AUGCCAGCACCACUGCCACGUGUUCCACAUCCCACUGAUCACGGUCAUCAGUUUCUGUGGCAUUGCUUGAAGAAUCCACGGCUGCAAUGUUCUCCCCUCGUCAACAUCCAUGUGUCCGUUGUCAUGACCCGCUUUUCAUCCCUUCCUCCAGUGCCCCCUCUUCUCUCCUCGUUCCAUGCCCAACACACCGUAGUCCCACCCAUUGUCUCUGGUCUACACACUGCAUUAACGGCUGGUUACCUGGACACAAGCAAAGACAAUACGAGUCGGGUUGACGACAACGGGAAUCUUCCCUCAGCAAUCAAGCGCUCAGCCUCGAGAACGUCAGACGAGCUUUUGGCUUUUGACGAUGUUCGUGACGACAUUCGUCAACCUCCGCCACUGGUCAUCGCAAAGGGAGGGCUUACGGACGGUCACCUGUUGGGAGCGUCCAAUAAGAAUGCUGGGAGCUUGGUGACGAUGGCAGCGGGAGGCAAUGCUGGCGGCCUCGGGCGAAUGCUGAACAACCUUUUCCGCAGCAACCGCGGAAUCACCCCCUUGGGUUAUCGCCGUGGCCGUGGAUCAAUUCAAAACUGGCGCCAUGGGCAGUAUGAACACGCCAAGAAUGACGUGGAGCACGCGGCGACGGCAAUAACAGAACCGGAGAAGAAACCGGCGGACGCUGAGCGCAAAAAGCGCGUGCUCAUUCUCAUGAGCGACACUGGUGGAGGCCACCGUGCCAGUGCUGAGGCGAUCAAGUCGACCUUCGAGCUGGAGUACGGAGAUAAGUACGAGGUGACCAUCAUCGACCUGUGGAAGGAGCACACGCCGUGGCCCUUCAACCAGAUGCCCAAGAGCUACAGCUUCCUCGUGCGCCACGAGACGCUGUGGAAGGUGGCGUUUUACGCCACCAAGCCCAAGUUCGUGCACCAGCCGCAGAUGGCUGCCACUUCCGCGUUCGUUGCAAGGGAGGUGUCCAAGGGGCUGGACAAGUACAAGCCGGACGUGAUCGUGAGUGUGCACCCGCUCAUGCAGCACAUCCCUCUGCGCGUGCUGCGCUCCCGAGGCCUGCUGCACCGCAUCCCCUUCACCACCGUUGUCACCGACCUCACGACAUGCCACCCCACCUGGUUCCACCGCCUGGUGACGGUGUGCUUCUGCCCCACCAAGGACGUGGCUCAACGAGCUCUCAAGGCGGGCCUGCAGCCACCUCAGAUCAGAGUACACGGGCUUCCCAUCCGACCAGCCUUUGCCAAGCCCUCAGCCCCCAAGGACGAGCUGCGCCGGGCAUUGGGGAUGGACCUUAACCUGCCAGCAGCGCUGCUGAUCGGCGGGGGGGAGGGCAUGGGGCCUGUGGAGGCGACAGCAAAGGCGCUGGCAGCCACGCUGGCGCCUGCGGGUGGUGGGGAGGCGGUGGCCAAGGGGCAGCUGGUGGUGAUCUGCGGCCGCAACAAGAAGCUGCUUGCCAAGCUGCAGGCUGUCAAGUGGCCCUUGCCUGUUCUGCUGAAGGGCUUUGUGACCAAUAUGCCUGAUGUGAUGGCCGCAUGUGACUGCAUCAUCACUAAGGCUGGUCCUGGCACGAUAGCAGAGUCCAUGAUCCGUGGUCUACCCAUGGUGCUCAAUGACUUCAUUGCAGGACAGGAAGCUGGAAAUGUUCCAUACGUUGUCGACAAUGGGACUGGAGUGUUUGAGGAGAACCCCAAAGAAAUUGGAAACAUUGUGGCAGAUUGGUUUGGACCCAAGUCAGAUCAGUUCAAGCAGAUGGCUGCCAACGCGCUGCGCAUUGCUCGUCCAGACGCGGUUACGUGUUCCCGUCUGAUGGCAGGCUCAACGUGGAAGUAUAAUAUUGGCCUGCUACUUAUUCUUUUAGUAGUGUUCAUCUGGGUUACCUCCGCUGAGGUGACACAGCUUAUUUUCGAGAAAUACAGGCAUCCAUUCCUGCUCACGUGGCUCGGUGCGGCUCUGUUGGUCAUCUACCUUCCGAUCGCCUACCUUAGGGAGUGCAUCACUCCGCUAAUAAGCAAACCUAGCUCCGUCGUACCUGUCUCGCUAUCGAAAUCCCAUAAGGAUCUUAAAAGUCACUCGAGCGGCGGCGAAUUGCAACGACUUAAGAAUGAGUCUCGGCAUCACAAGAGGCCCUCGAAGCCUCCACGCGAGAUUGAUGACAGCACAGUGGAUGAAGAAAGUGACCUGGAUACAGAAUUGUUGCUUCAAAAGUCUCUAUCGGAUAUCGCACAACCCGUUCGUUCCGCAAAACUUUCGACCCGGGAGAUCAUUAAGUGUGCUCUCGUCCUGGCACCCCUCUGGUUGCUUACGGAGUACCUGUCAAACGCCGCUCUGUCAAUGACAAGCGUGGCCAGCACAACCAUUCUUUCGUCGACUUCAGGCCUUUUCACUCUCCUUUUCGGGGUUACUUUAGGAAACGAGAAGUUAACAACGGCCAAGGUGGUAGCUGUCCUGGUGAGCAUAGCUGGGGUGGUUAUGACCGAGCUCGGCAAAAGUACCGCAGCGGAUGAUAGCGAGGUGUUUGGUGACGAUGCAAGAAAUCCUGGCGAAGGUGCUGGUCAAUAUGUGUUACCGAGUCAACAUCUUGUUGGUGAUAUAUUUGGCCUCCUAUCAGCAGUUUCCUAUGGAGUAUACACAACUCUUCUGCGCAAGUACGUCGGUGAUGAUGAAGCAGGGGACGAGAAAGCUGAUAUGCAGAAAGUUUUUGGAUACAUUGGCCUGGUUACCUUACUCGGACUAUGGUGGAUUGUUUUUCCUCUUCAUGUGCUUGGAUUGGAACCAUUGGCCGUUAUGCCUAGCACCGUCAAUCUCGAUGAGGACAUUGUUGCCAACAGCCUUGUUGGCAGUGUGGUCUCAGAUUAUUGUUGGGCGUUAUCAGUUGUAUGGACAACUCCUCUUGUUGCCACACUGGGCCUGUCCUUAACCAUCCCACUAGCCAUGGUUGCGGACAUGGUGAUGCAUGGCCGUCAGUACUCAAUUGUGUAUAUUCUUGGUUCUGUCCAGGUGUUUGGUGGCUUUCUGAUUGCAAACAUGGCGGACAAGUGCAUGGGUGGUCCUGCAACAGAUCAUGAAAGUCCACGGUUUGAGAAGGAGAUGAUUGAUAUCCUCAGGAGCCCAGUGGAUUAA